AUGCAAAUCAAGGAUGAUCCUUCCCUGAAAUGGUCAGAGAAAAUGAAGGAGGAUCCCAACAAGCGCAAUAGGAACAAGUAUUGUCGCUUCCAUAGGGAUCAUGGUCAUGACACAGACGAGUGUUUUGAUUUAAAGCAACAAAUUGAAAUUCUUAUAAGGCAAGGGAAGUUGAGGGGUUUCCUUGGACGAGACCAGAGGGACGAGAAACGAAAAGGGAAGAUGGAAGAAUCAUCACGACCACCACUCGGGGAGAUAAGAGUCAUUAUUGGGGGAAGUUCAACUGGCCAGUCGUCCAAGUCCAAGAAAGCAUACUUUAAGGUAGUACAGAGCGUCCAACUUUCUAGACGAUCACCGAGAGCAAGGUCCACGGACGAGCAGGCAAUCACUUUCACGGAUGAGGAUGCUGACAGAAUUCAUCACCCUCAUGAUGAUGCUCUCGUCAUCUCCUUAUUAAUUGCAAACUAA